AUGGAGCGAAAUCCCUCCAAAGCUGCGUCUUCACUGGAUCGCGAUCAAGUCGAAAGAAGCCAAGACCUGAAAGAUGGGAGCUACGUGAACCUUGCCGAGCCAGACGAUUCCCCUGGCUCUGAUGCAGUCCUUUCUUCUCUCUUCCGUCGAUCCAAGAAGCACGACCCUGACGCUAUAGCGACCACUCGAAGUGUAUUCGAUGACCCUUCACUUGCACCAUUUUACCAGCCUCAUCCAAAGUAUGAGAAUCUUCAUCGCUUCGACCCCAGCGCACGAUGGACGUACCGCGAGGAAACGAAAGUUCGACGUAAGACAGACUGGUCAAUUCUUCUUUGGAUCCUAGUUAUGUUCUUUGGGUUGAACCUCGAUCGAGGAAAUCUGAGCAACGCCAACUCGGAUAAUCUUCUCGGCGAUCUGAACCUAACCACCAAUGACUACAACAACGCACAAAAAAUGUACCGGGUGGGUUUUCUGAUUGCAGAGAUCCCGUCGCAGAUGCUUGGAAAAGCAAUCGGUCCUGAUCGGUGGAUUCCGGUUCAAAUCAUCUUGUGGAGUUUUGCGUCUGGAGGACAAUUCUUCAUGCACAAUCGUGCAGGAUUUUUCGCUUGUCGCUUCUUCAUAGGGCUGUUCAUGGGUGGCUUCAUUCCUGAUUCCAUCUUGUACUUGUCUUAUUUUUAUACGAAGGCGGAGAUGCCGUUCCGCCUGGCACUGUUCUGGUUCACUGAUUCGAUAUCUGGUGUCAUCGCAUCAUUCAUUGCGUACGGUGUCUUGCACAUGCGCGGCGUGGACGGAAGGGAGGGAUGGAGAUGGCUUUUCCUAAUCGAAGCGCUGAUCAGUUUUGUGAUUGGCUGUCUAAGCUUCUUGUUUCUGGUCCCUGGACCCACUCAGACCAGAACGUGGUGGAACCCCAAAGGAAUCUUCUCAGAAAGAGAGGAGACGAUUAUCGUUAACAGAGUGCUGCGAGAUGAUCCAUCCAAGGGUGACAUGCAUAAUCGCCAAGCGCUGUCCCUAGGGAUGUUAUGGAAGAGUCUCAAAGACUAUGACCUCUGGCCGAUAUAUAUCAUCGGGAUCAUGUUCGAAAUUCCGACUUCACCACCAAAGUCUUAUUUGACCUUGUCACUCACGGGAAUUGGCUUCUCCACAUUCCAAACGACCCUCUUGUCCAUCCCUGUGACCGUCUUCGCCGCUAUCAAUCUUGUCCUCGUCGCGCUCUUAUCUGAGUUCUGGGGACAAAUCUCAAUUGUGUGCCUUCUAACACAGUUGUGGUCACUUCCACUCCUCAUUGUACUCUACACAUCUGCCGGAAGCCUUUCCAACUGGGGGCUAUAUGCCGUCUCGUUCAUCUUACUGGGCUGGCCGAAUCCUCAAGCUGCCCAGGUGAGUUGGUGUUCGCGAUUGAGCAACAGUGUGAGAACCAGAGCAGUCAGUGCAGCAAUUUUCAAUAUUAUGAUUCAGCUUUCUGGAAUUGCGUCCUCCAACAUUUACCGGUCGGAUGACAAGCCUCUCUACCGCCGAGGAAAUAGACAACUGAUCGCGAUCAAUGUUGCCACUAUUGUCAUGUACGCGUUGGCGAAGUUUUAUUAUGUAUCUCGGAAUCGGUGGAAGAAAGCUCAAUGGGACAAGAUGACGGCGCAGGAGAAGGCUACUUACUUAGAGACAACGACGGAUGAGGGGAACAAGCGGCUUGACUUUUAUUUCGACAGUUGA